UCGUCGUUAUCGGAGAACAAGAUAACGCAGCUAAGGCACACACGACUGCGCUCGGCGCAUUCUAGUCACUUCACUUCUGUUUUUAUGUUCGCUCUAUCACGAGAGCAUCUACAUGAUGACGACACUGGGCGCCGAAGCAUUGCGUACAUUGCAGUAUGUGUGACACAGCAGGUGUGGAGCGAAUAUGUUCGUGCUGUUCGUGAUGGUGAUGUUUCUCCACGUGAAAUGUGAUUUUGUUGCUACGGAUACUACUCUCAAUGAUACUCAGUACUGCCACACCAAGACUGAUCGUUCCGGAACAACGGUGUUCUACAAGGGCGCACCAAACGUGGAGCAACUACGUCACGAUUUAAUGGAGCUUAAUAUACCUCGCCCGUUUUCGUUGGUGGUAACCGAUACUAACAUAACAACCUUGCCCGAGUUUUCAUUUGCCAACCUUACGUUGAACGUCCUCAGAAUGGUCCGCUGUGGGAUAGAAUCGCUUCACACGGAUUCGCUCGUUGGUUUGGAGAAUGUAGAGCUGCUAGACCUGUCGAAGAACAGCCUGACAACGGUACCCUCUGCCCUCGCUGCCCUUAAAUCGCUGCAAUUGCUUUAUAUUACUUUCAACAGGAUAACAACGAUUGGUCUCGAGCUGACGCGUUUGUCAUCGUCGUUGACGAGAAUAAAUCUGAACGGAAACGUGAUCUCGUCCAUUCGUGAAGAUGCACUGAAGAACAUGAACCGUUUGCUGAGGUUCGCUGCGAACAAUAACAGGAUCGAGAGUAUUCCGAAGACCUUGUUUAGUACAGCGCCCAGAUUGCAGCAGAUCGACUUGCGUUGGAAUCUCAUCGAAGAUGUAGAGAAUCUGUUUGACGGGCUAUUGGAGUUGCAUACACUGAAGCUGGAAGACAACCGCAUUCGCCACAUUCGCACCCUCUCCGCCUCAAACCUUCCCUCUCUAGAAUCCCUGAGCCUCGACCACAACCCCAUUGACACCUUUACUCUCUUUCACUCGAGAAACGCGGCUAUCGAAAGCCUCAGUCUUCAACACUGCAAAAUAUCCGAUGUCGCUUCCAUUCCCUUCUCGUGCAUCGACCGACUGCGGUUCUUGAGGCUACGUUUCAAUCGCAUCAAACACAUAGACAGCGACUCUUUCCCCAAAUCUGUCAACACCUCAAGCUACAGCUCCAUUACUCGGCGAGAUUUUUAUCCGUCCAAUUGCAAGGCUGACAACGAAAACAAAGCCGGCAUUCUACUGGUCAUCGACAUCUCCCAUAAUUAUAUAGACGCGAUUAAUAACGCGUUUCGCGGCCUUCAACUACUGGAACGGCUGGACAUCGACAACAAUGAUCUCGAGAACGUUCCCGAUGAUGCAUUCAAGUCAAACAUUAAUUUGAAAACCUUGAAUAUGGGUUAUAAUAAAAUUUCCUGGAUUGGAAAGCAUGCAUUCAGCAGCCUCGUAAACCUAGUAGUGUUGAAAUUAUCGAACAAUCGGUUGACAUCGUUGAACGGUUCGUUAUAUAUUAUGCCCAUGGUGAAGUAUUUGUAUCUCGGUAAUAAUAGAUUGCUGUUCUUGAGGGAAAACGAUUUUGGAAGUCUUCCACGGCUGAAGAUGCUCGAGGCUCAAAGAAAUAAUAUCAGCGAUGUGCGAGGCGCGUUCAAAAAUCUUGUGUCUCUCCAGUAUUUAUACUUGCACGACAACAACUUGAUGGUCAUUCAUCGAGCUAGCUUACCAGAAGAUAUAAAGCAGUUGGAGAAGAUCACGAUUGAAGGAAAUAUUUUAACGUGCGACUGCCAGCUGUCCUGGCUGUACGAAAUACCACAGCUGUAUAUGUAUUAUGACGUCCCGCUCUGCAACAGUCCACCACGGCUCGCCGGGGCUCCCUUCCUGAGCAACGAGACAAGAUACAACCUUGACGUCUGGCUUGAAGACUGCGACGAGAGGUGCACCUGCAGAUGUAUGGCAGAGGGUUACGAGGGAUUUAUUAGAGUAGACUGUUCCCAGCGGAACAUGAAGGAAACGCCACAGAAGUUUCCAGAAGAUACGGCCGUCAUAGAUCUUAGCGGGAAUCUCUUGGACUCGUUAAACACGUCCUUAGCCAAGGAAGCGCCUGCGGUGCGGAGCUUGAACCUGAACAACAACUUGUACACCAGCCUCGACUGGAAAGUCUUACCGACAAACUUGAGCUACCUGUUUCUGCAGAACAACUCUUUCAAGCACUUCCCACUAAGUGUCGUUGAUAACCUGAACUUAUCGGGCAUUUGGUUAUCUGGAAAUCCGUGGAACUGCGAUUGCGAGGACUACGCCUUCAGGCAGUGGGCCGAAUCACAUGAAGACACGGUAAGAGAUACUAAGAGGUCAGCUUUGUCUUUCGAGGAUGUUGUGGUCGAUCGAGUGCAUCUGACGCCCUGUUCUCCUUCCGUCUGA